GGUAAUUUUAAAUCAAAAGUUAAUAAACAUAUGAAAACCAUUUUGACAUCGAUUUGAAAACGCAACCUGUGGAUAGUUUGGACGUUAUGGAUGAUGGUCCUCGACCGAUGAAAAAUUUGAAACCAACACAAAAGAAUCUCAACAGUGCGGAACAAUUUCGACUCGCUCACCAAUCGGGAUACGAUAAUGGUAGUAAAAUGAGCGUGGACAGGAUGAAAAGGGUACAUCAGCACAACCUUGCUUAUCCCAAGUUGAGAGAUGAGCUGGACAGACGUCGAUCGGUGAAACAGAUAACAAUGAACGGGAAGAAAAUAUCAUCCUUCGAUCCCAAAUGCAAAGCUUGUAUCAAAUUAAAACAAUUAAAAAAACUCCGUAAAUUGAAUAUACAACCUCGAUGCAAUGCGAAAUCCUCAAGAAGAAAGCACCAACGAGACUCAAAAUCUCGUGUAAAAAAAAGGGAAAAAUUCGAAAAAAUUCGAACGAAAACGCAUGGGCAAAAGAUAUCGACCAAUAGAAUAAAAAAUAUCCAUCAUUGUGUUGAUGUCAUAGAUAAAAAUACUGGAAUGGAUUGUGAUAUUGACCCGAUAAAUAAAUUACUAUCAAAUGAAAGGUUGAUUGAGGUGCAGGAAAAUAAAAAUGCCGCGAGAAGUCGGUCUAGAGAGAAUAGCUCAACGAAUUCAGUGAAUACCUUAAAUAAUCCAAACACGAGUAAUUUUUCUAUGAGCAGUUACAAUACUUACGCAUCUAUGGAUCAUGAGCCAAUGGUGUCUACGGAUUGAUUUUGCCACAGAUAACAUCAACAGUUUUCGUUUAUUUUGUGUCAAAUACUAACUGUCAAAGUUUUUUUCAUUAAAACCUUAUUUUAAAUUGAUUUUGUUUGGUCAGAAAUUAGAACUGUCCGAAUUUAUU